GCGUGCAUGGAGACGGCUCUCGGCGAAGGCUCGGUUCGCGCUCGUAUGGUGUAUGGGUCCCCGACGCCUCAGCUCCACGGCGAUGCUAGUGGCUGCGAGGCGCUCAACUGGGCCUGCAUGGACAACUACGGCGUGAUUGCGAGCAGCACGAGCGCGAAGGGCCGCGAGAAGGAUCUGGUGUCGAGCAUGGCGGCGAAGGUCAAAUCCUACCUGGAGUCCGUGGGCCUCGCGGCCCGCAAGGAGGAGGAGGGCGAGGGGCUCGAGUAUCCGGGAGCCGUCCUGAGGGGCCGUCCACAUGUGAUUGGGUCGUGCCCGUUGAAGACUUGUCGCCUGGCCCUCGUGACCCUCGCCUUGGUGGAGAGACCCUACUGGACAGCGGCCAUGUUGGAGCGCCUCGUCGGGCUCUGGGCUCGGGCGGCGUUCCAGCGAACAAGCCCUGCCAUCUCUGGCCAGGCGCGGGCCGAGCUCACCGCUGCCGUCUACUGCGCCCCGCUCAUGGUCACUUACCUGGAAUCGCCCUGGGCCCGCCAGGCCUUCAUGACCGACUCCAGCGACGUAGGCUGCGGGGUUGCCGUCACCCAGGCGACUGUGGAGAACACUCGCGCGGAGCCCAGAUACUGCGAGCUGCGAGGCUGGACCAUCGCCGCCGAGGACCUCUACGCUAACACCGAGGAGGACGCCUGGCAGGAGGGCUGCGGCGGCUACGCCCACGACAUCGACGAGUUGGCGCAGGCCGCGGCCCCAGUCAUGCGUGGCCCGAGCAGGCGUGCGUUCCGCUUCCUCUACCUCUUCGCGGGGGUUCGGCGACCAGGAGACCUCGAGGAACACCUACGGCGGCGCGCGGAGAGCGCUGGCAUCCUCAUCGAGAUCUGGCCCCUGGACGCGAUCAUCGACCCGAAACACGACCUUACCGACCCCAGAGUUUUUGAGCGUCAUCGUGAGCCGUGGGGGCGCGCCGACAUCAGGCUGACCUCAUGGGAGCGGCGGCUUCUCGAGCUGGGGACCAAGUCGCUCAUGACGGCGCUGACGACGUUCGGUGAGGACACGGGCUGGUGGACUUAG